AUGAAGUCCCUCUUGGGUGUCUUCCCUGUCGAAACGGUCGACAACAUUGUCAAGUAUCUCCCCACCCGUGACGCCAACAACUUCGCUCGAACCUGCUGGGCGGCCUACUGGAGGGCUGACCCCCAUGUCUGGAAGGACAAUGUGCCCACGUCAACAAAGCCAGGCCCAAUUACCUGGGGUGUAGUCACGAGGCAAAUGAAGGUCAUUAAGAAGGCCGUGGAGGCUGGCGCAGAUGUCGACGCCCCCGACUGGUUGGCUUGUUUUCACAUACCUGAGCGUUGUGAUAACGGCCCCGAUGAAUGGUCGUUGGCUAGAGCAGCGAGUCACAACGCGAAUGGUUCGCCACUUCACUUCGCCGCCAUGACCAACAACUGUGAAGCGGCUCAAUACCUCCUUCAAAAAGGCGCAACUCUUCACGAUACCAACCCUGAGCUGGACAAUUGGGCACUGAACAUGUGCUCGUGCCACUGGGUAGAUGAGACUUGGCACUGGCCACGCGAUGACUCAGACGCAGACUCAGAAGAAGAGGAAGAGUUAGUCAAACACCAUCAAGAUUAUUUCACCCUACCUUUACAUACGGCAGUCUGCCACAAAAGUCCUGAAGUCGCCAAGCUUUUUCUGGAACACGGAGCCAGCGUCUAUCUUCAUGGCAGUUACCGUCACGCAGUAGAGGCUGCUGCAAGGGCGAAUGCCACUUAUCCGUACAACGACUUUCUUCACAUUCUCGUCCGAAAAGGCACUGACUAUCUGGCCAUGAUUGAUUUGAUCGCACAAUGUCCCGAUAUCGACAUCGAUGGAAUGGAAUACGGAUAUGCAACCCCUAUACAGAAUGCCUGUUCGACACCGCACAAUGCCGCUGUCAUCGCAAAGCUGGCAAAACUUGGCGCCAUGGAGACAUGGAAUGUUUACUCACAGGAUUGGAUGCAUUGUUGUAUUCGCAGUGGCAUGUACGACAACACCUUGGCCCUCCUCAAAGCUGGCCUUGAAGUCUUAAACCCUGAGGUCCGCAGCGUCAUUGGAUCAGAUACUGCCCUACUCUUUGCCGACGCAGUGGAAUUUGAAGCAGGUAUGGAGGAGAGCCACGUUAAGCAUGUCAAGUCCAUUAUCCGCAUGCUUGUCCAGGACUAUGGCCUGAAGCUCAACGCUCCUCUCUUUGACCAUCCUACAAACAAAGACACGCCCUUGGAGUACCUGAUUGGUGGCAACUGCCCAAGGCCAGAAUAUCUGUUCCAGUCGCUUGUGGACCUAGGCGCUCGACUUGACCUUCGAAACAGAAAAGGCCACAAUCUUCUUGUGCGCUAUCUAUGGAUGGAGCAGUCGGUUACCAAGACCCCGCAGACUCCUCCAAAUAAGGGCGUCCGCAAGGGUGUGGAGGCGCGUUAUUUCGUCUCUCGCUCGAUCAUCCGCCCGCAGACGAUUCGUGCGCUCAUCGAAGCCUAUAAAUGGGCGAAUAUUAGAUUGGAUGAUGAGUAUACGUGGGGAAAGGUUGACUUGAAGCUUAGUUGGAUUCUGGAGAUCCGGUUUCCGGAGUGGGGUGAGAUCCCGUUCCCGGGGUGGAAGGCUCCUGAAGGAUUUGAGAAUAAUAGGGCUUUGUGGAAGAAUCUUGAUGAGUACCUUGUCUAUAGCGGGGUGUUAGAGUUUGAUUGA